UGGCAGGGACAACAGGGGGCCUUGGACUCCUCUUCCCGGCAGGCAGUGCGGCCCGAGGGGGGCGGAACUCCAUUUCCCAGCAGGCUUCAGGCGGUGGGCGCCGCGGUGCCUUGUGUGGGAUGCCGAGGGCCGCCGCCAUGGGGCUGAAGGCUGCCCAGAAAACGCUGUUCCCGCUGCGUUCCAUCGACGAUGUGGUGCGCCUGUUCGCUGCCGAGCUGGGCCGAGAGGAGCCGGACCUGGUGCUCCUAUCCUUGGUACUGGGCUUCGUGGAGCAUUUCCUAGCUGUCAACCGCGUCAUCCCCACCAACGUGCCUGAGCUCACUUUUCAGCCCAGUCCUGCGCCCGACCCUCCUGGCGGCCUCACCUACUUCCCGGUGGCCGACCUGUCCAUCAUCGCUGCCCUCUAUGCCCGCUUCACUGCCCAGAUCCGUGGCGCCGUUGACCUGUCUCUCUACCCGCGAGAGGGGGGCGUCUCCAGCCGUGAGCUGGUCAAGAAGGUCUCCGAUGUCAUCUGGAAUAGCCUCAGCCGCUCCUACUUCAAGGAUCGGGCCCACAUCCAGUCCCUCUUCAGCUUCAUCACAGGCACCAAACUGGACAGCUCUGGUGUGGCCUUUGCCGUGGUGGGGGCCUGCCAGGCUCUGGGUCUCCGGGAUGUCCACCUGGCCUUGUCUGAGGACCACGCCUGGGUAGUGUUUGGGCCCAAUGGAGAACAAACAGCUGAAGUCACUUGGCAUGGCAAGGGCAACGAGGAUCGCAGAGGCCAGACAGUCAACGCGGGUGUGGCUGAGCGGAGCUGGCUGUACCUGAAAGGAUCAUACAUGCGCUGUGACCGCAAGAUGGAGGUGGCAUUUAUGGUAUGCGCCAUCAACCCUUCCAUUGACCUGCACACCGACUCCCUGGAGCUCCUGCAGCUGCAGCAGAAGCUGCUGUGGCUGCUCUAUGACCUGGGACAUCUGGAAAGGUACCCGAUGGCGCUGGGGAACCUGGCGGAUCUGGAGGAGCUGGAGCCCACCCCGGGCCGGCCGGACCCACUCACCCUCUACCACAAGGGCAUUGCCUCAGCUAAGACCUACUACCGGGAUGAGCACAUCUACCCCUACAUGUACCUGGCUGGCUACCACUGUCGCAAUCGCAAUGUGCGCGAAGCUCUGCAGGCCUGGGCCGACACAGCCACUGUCAUCCAGGACUACAACUACUGCCGUGAAGAUGAGGAGAUCUACAAGGAGUUCUUUGAAGUAGCCAAUGACGUCAUCCCCAACCUGCUGAAGGAGGCCGCCAGCCUGCUGGAGGCUGGCGAGGAGCGACCCGGGGAGCAGACUCAGGGCACGCAGAGCCAGGGUUCUGCCCUCCAGGACCCAGAGUGCUUCGCCCAUCUGCUGCGAUUCUACGAUGGCAUCUGCAAAUGGGAAGAGGGCAGCCCCACCCCCGUGCUGCACGUGGGCUGGGCCACCUUCCUUGUGCAGUCCCUAGGCCGUUUUGAGGGACAGGUGCGGCAGAAGGUACGCAUAGUGAGCCGAGAGGCGGAGGCAGCCGAGGCUGAAGAGCCGUGGGGCGAGGAAGCCCGAGAAGGCCGGCGGCGGGGCCCACGGCGGGAAUCCAAGCCCGAGGAGCCGCCGCCGCCUAAAAAGCCGGCGCUGGACAAGGGCCCAGGCGCGGGCCAGGGUGCGGCGCCAGGACCCCCUCGGAAGCCCCCAGGCACAGUCCCCGGGACUGCCCGCGGCGCUGAAGGCGGCAGCGUUCCAGUGCCGGCACCCGCUGCAUCACCGCCACCUGAGGGUCCGGUGCUGACGUUCCAGAGUGAGAAGAUGAAAGGCAUGAAGGAGCUGCUUGUGGCCACCAAGAUCAAUUCGAGCGCCAUCAAGCUGCAGCUCACAGCGCAGUCACAAGUGCAGAUGAAGAAGCAGAAGGUGUCUACACCCAGUGACUACACGCUUUCCUUCCUCAAGCGGCAGCGCAAGGGUCUCUGAAAUACCAGGACUCCUUAUCCGCCUACCGAGAGCCCGCCCUCAACCCGACGAGGCUCCACCCCAGCCUCUUGAGCCCAGGUUCCGCCCGCAGGCCCCAUCCCUACCCAGAAUGCCAGGCUGCAGGUUCCCAGAGUACAAACUCUGCUCAGCGCCCUGAAUCGCAGGCUCUGCCUAGUCAUUGGAAUAUAGAGCCCAUCCCCAAGAGUCCCAGCCGGCCAUCUGAAACCUUCCCUCUGAGCCCAUCACCACCAGUCUUUAAAGGUCCAACUACGGGAAACAGCCUUCACCUCAGGAACCCAGGCUCCAACCUUCGUCCUGAUCGGUGUUGGCUCAGGGUUGCUUCCAGCCCAUGGGGCUCUUUCACUCUAAACCCUAGAAGCACAGGUCCCACCUACAGCCCGGGAACCAAGGACCCCGCCCAGCUCCUAGGAGAACGUUUCCACACUUAAGAAUUCCAUUCCUUGCAAGCCCCCUACCACAAAGAACCUAAGAAACGCUUCCAGAAUUUGGAAAUGCUAGCUUCCUUGUCGCAUGGGUCGGGGACGUGAAACUCUGCCCCCGGCCUGUGUGAAUCCUGAGCCCUGCCCCCUCCCUGCCCAAACUGGCCCUAGAUCAGAGCAGACCCUUCUUCCGACCCUCUGGGAACCUCCCCGAGGUCCCGCCUGUCUCGGGGGACCCUAGAGGAAAUCUUACAGGGGUUUUGUUUGCGAGUGGGUGAGGGGAGCCUGAUUUCUUCCUGUUUUGUACAUAGAUUUAUUUUUCAGUUCCAAGGAAGAUGAAUACAUUUUGUAAAAA